AUGUUCCAGCAGCUGACCCCUGAACUGCAUCCAGAUCAACUACUACUAGACAGAGCGCACCGUCUUCAGAGACCCAGCCACUUACCUACCACCGCAGCGAGAGACGUCAUAGCGAGAGUGCAUUUCUUCCAUGCCAAGGAACGGAUCAUCAGAGCAAACAGAAACAAAGGGAUGCCUGAGAAGUACCACAACAUAAAAAUCUUCUCUGACCUAUCAGCAGAAACACUGCAGUUCCGCAAAUCUGUGGCGCAAAUUACGCUGUCGCUACGCACACAGGGACUGAGCUACAGAUGGGGUUACCCUGCCAAGCUGCUAGUGUACCACCAAGAUUCCCUCCACUCCAUCACGUCGGCACCACAAGGUAUACGGCUGAUGGGAGACUGGGGUAUCCUGCUGGCAGAGAUGGCGAAAACGGGCCCUGCGAAAGUUCCUCGUCUGACUCAAGUCUGGGCAUCCAGAUAA